UUUUAGGAGUCACAUGGACUCAACUUUGUGUGCAGUUGUUGUACACUCCUCAGUCACGCCGAGUGGGAAGCUGUCUCACCUCAUUGUGUAACUUUAUUUUUUGUUUUUAUUCCUUUUCCCCAAAAUUCCAUGCGUGCGUAUUUACGCGUUUUUCUACUUUUUCGCGGACUUUGAAGUGAAGACACCGGCUGCACCUUCGGUUCUGACCAUGCUGAGAACUUUACACUUUAUUUACUGAAACCUGUGAUGUGAAACUUUGCCGAAGGAAAACACGUUUGCAUUUAUUUACUGACAAUGACUGAGGAAAGCAGGACUGAACACAGAGCUGAAAGCGGGAAGGACUUGGAGAAACAGCUCCGUUUACGCGUGUGCGUCCUAAAUGAACUUUUAAAGACUGAACGGGAUUAUGUCGGGACACUAGAGUUUCUCUCGGUGUUUCUACAUCGCCUCAACCAGUAUGCAGCCACCAAAAUCGACAAGAACAUCACAGAGGAAACAGUUAAGGUUUUAUUCUCUAACAUUGAGGAGAUCCUGGCUGUUCACAAAGACUUUCUCUCCAUGGUGGAGGAGCUCCUCCACCCGGACCCUCACGCUCACCAUGAAAUCGGACGCUGCUUCCUGCACUUUAGGAGCCGUUUCCAGAUUUAUGAUGAAUACUGCGGGAAUCACGAGAAGGCCCAGAGGCUUCUGCUGGAGCUUAAUAAGAUCAGGAGCGUCCGGACAUGUUUACUGAAUUGCAUGUUGCUGGGUGGCAGGAAAAACACUGAGGUCCCACUGGAGGGUUACCUGGUCGCUCCUAUCCAGAGGAUUUGCAAAUACCCAUUGCUGCUUAGAGAGCUGCUGAAGAGGACCCCUAAGAAGCACAACGACUACGUCCUGGUGCAGGAGUCUCUGCAGGUAAUGAAGGCAGUGUGCUCCAGCAUCAACGAAGCAAAGAGACAAAUGGAAAAGCUGGAGAUUUUGGAAGAAUGGCAAUCCCACAUCGAGGGCUGGGAGGGCUCCAAUAUCACAGACACAUGCACUGAGAUGCUCAUGCAGGGCGUCCUACUGAAGAUUUCCGCUGGAAACAUUCAAGAGAGAAUCUUCUUCCUGUUUGACAAGCUUCUGGUGUAUUGCAAGAAGAAGAACAGGCGCUUAAAAAACAGCAAGACAGCCCAGGAGGGUCCACGCUACCUGUUCAGAGGUCGAAUCAACACAGAAGUGAUGGAAGUGGAAAAUGUAGAUGAUGGCACGGCUGACUACCACAGCAGCGGGAACAUAGUUAACAACGGCUGGAAGAUCCACAACACGGCCAAAAACAAGUGGUUCGUCUGCAUGGCUAAGACCCCAGAGGAGAAGCAGGAGUGGCUGGAGGCCAUCAUGAAAGAGAGGGAACGGAGGAAAAGUCUGAGGCUCGGCAUGGAGCAGGAUACGUGGGUGAUGGUGUCAGAGAAGGGAGAGAAGCUUUACCACCUAAUGACCAAGGGUAACCUGAUUAAGGACCGGAAAAGGAAGCUCACCACCUUCCCCAAGUGCUUCCUGGGAAGUGAGUUUGUGUCAUGGCUGAUGGAAAUUGGUGAGACAGGCAAUCCAGAAGAAGGAGUUCACCUGGGUCAAGCCCUGCUGGAGAACGGCAUCAUCCACCAUGUCACAGACAAGCACCAGUUCAAACCGGAGCCUGUGCUGUACCGUUUCCGUUACGACGAUGGCACCUACCACCCCAGAAGUGACAUGCAUGAUGUCAUCUCCAAGGGCGUUCGUCUCUUCUGCCGCCUUCACAGCCUCUUCACUCCUGUCAUCAGAGAUAAAGAUUACCAUCUACGCACCUACAAGUCUGUGGUGAUGGCCAACAAGCUGAUAGACUGGCUGAUAGCACAGGGGGACUGCAGAACAAGAGAAGAAGCAUUGAUCUUGGGGGUGGAGCUGUGCGACAAUGGCUUCAUGCAUCACGUGUUGGAAAAAAGUGAAUUCAAGGACGAGCCCUUGUUGUUUCGUUUCUUCGCCGAUGAAGAGAUGGAAGGCUCCAACACCAAACACAAACCCAUGAAGCAUGACCUCAAAAUUAUAGAGAACGUCAUCGCCAAGUCUCUCCUGAUAAGACCCAGUGAAGGAGGUUACGGCUUUACCCUGGAAGAGAGAAACAGAGUUCCUAUCAUUAAAUCUGUGGAGAAGGGCUCCACAGCUGAGAUGGCUGGUCUGGAGGUGGGGAGGAAGUUGUUCGCCAUAAAUGGAGACCUGGUGUUCCUCAGGCCUUUCUCUGAGGUGGAAGUUCUCCUGAGACAGUGUUUCAACAGCAAAGGACCUCUCAAGGUUCUAGUGAGCACCAAGCCAAGAGAAACGGUGAAGAUCCCAGACUCAGCAGAUGGUUUAGGGUUUCAGAUCCGUGGAUUUGGCCCUUCUGUUGUCCAUGCUGUUGGGAGAGGCACGGUGGCAGCCAUCGCCGGCCUCCACCCAGGCCAGUGCAUCAUCAAGGUGAACGGCAUCAACGUAAGCAAAGAGAGCCACGCCAGCGUCAUCGCUCAUGUCACUGCUUGCAGAAAGUUCCGGAGACCCACACAGCAAGAUACUAUAAAGUGGGUGUACAACAACAGCGAGAGCGCACAGGAAGACAACCAGAAAACAAACCAGAAACCCACCUCAGAGGAGAACGGAGACGGCUUUGAGUGCAAAGUAGAAGAGGUGAUGGACAAGUUCAACACCAUAGCCAUCAUUGACGGGAAGAAAGACCAUGUGAGCCUCACUGUAGACAACGUCCACCUGGAGUACGGGGUAGUCUAUGAGUACGACAGCACCGCCGGGAUCAAGUGCCAUGUGUUGGAGAAGAUGGUCGAGCCCAAGGGUUUCUUCAACCUCACUGCUAAGAUCCUGGAGGCACUGGCGCGUAAUGACGACAUGCUGGUGCAGAUGUGUGCCAGGUUGAGUUCCAGCUGUGAUGUUAUCCCUGAGGACCUACAGGUACGCUUCAGUGCCAUGUGUGGCGAGAGGGUGGAGCAUAUUAAUCGCCGCAUCACCAACUACAGAAAGUUUGCUCGGGUACUGAAGAACAGAGCAUGGCCAACCUUCAAGCAGGCCAAGGCAAAAGUGUCUCCGCUCCACAGCAGCGACUUCUGCCCCACAAACUGUCACAUCAAUGUGAUGGAAGUCUCUUAUCCAAAGACCACCACCUCCCUGGGGAGUGCUUUUGGCGUGCAGCUGGACAACAGGAAAAACACUCUGGAGAAAGUGGGGCGUAACAGCUCUGAGCAGGGUAAGCUGAACCCCAUGGUUAAUGUACAGCACACUAUCACGACCAUGGCUGCACCCUCAGGCCACAGUUUGGGUAGGACAGAGGGUCACGGCCUCCGAUUCCUGCUCAGAGAAGAUGACCUGCUCACUCUGGAUGCUUACCAGAAACUCCUCUACAAACUCACCACUGUUGUCAAGGAGAUGGAGACACAUGGUGCCCAUAUUCAUGACCUUUUAUCCUCCAUCACUCACCCUCCGGCGUCAGAGACGAGGACCCCAGAAAGCUACAUAUCUGCAGAAAGUGAGGGAGAGAAGGGUGAGCGGAACGGGAAAAAGGUGUGUUUUAAUGUAACAGGGGACGAGCAAGAGGACUCUGGACAUGACACGAUCAGCAACAGAGACUCGUACAGUGACUGUAACAGCAACAGGAAUUCCAUUGCUUCCUUCACCAGUAUCUGCAGCAGCCACUGUAGCUCCUACGUUCACAGUGAUGAACUGGACUCAGGUGAUGAGAUGCCUUCCAGUGUGUGGUUGUCCCAUGAUAAGCAGAAGAAGCUGCACAGCUUCCUGGAGCAUCUUUUCAGCCAGGUGGACUCAAUCACCAGCGUGCUGAGAGGAGCGGUGGUGGCUCGAGCGUUUGAGCAGACCAAAUGCUUCACACCUGGAAGAGGAUUGCAAGAGUUUCUGCAGGAGAUGGACCCAAAGGUGAACUGCACCAAGAAGUUGCGCCUCCAUGUUAAGCAGGAUCCGUGGAAUCUUCCCAGCAGCGUUCAGACGCUCACACAAACCAUUGCUAAGUUUGCAGAAGAGGUGAAGACUCGACUGCUUCUGGUCCUGCUACAGUAUACAGACUCAGAGAUCCAGCUACGUCGGGAUAUGGUCUUCUGUCAGUCUCUAGUUGCAGCUGUAUGUGCCUUCUCAGAGCAUCUCCUAGCUGUUCUCAACCAGUUCCACAGCACAGGCAGGGAGCCAGACCAGGACAACCAGGACCCCCAGGAUCUCCAGGAGGCCCAGGAAGCCAGCCGUCGUUGGUUAGACCAGAUCUCCAGUGCUGGGCUGCUCUUCCACUUCCAGUCUCUCCUUUCCCCCAAUCUGACUGAUGAGCAGGCCAUGUUGGAGGACACUCAGGUGGCUCUUAUUGACCUGGAGAAGGUCACGUUCUACUUCCAGCAGUUUGAAGGAGAGCCACUAGUGGCCAACAUGCCCAUUUCAUACCAGGUUGAAGGCACUCGCCAGGCCUUGAAGGUUUGCUUCUAUUUGGAGAGUUUCUACUUUUCUCAGCUGCCUCACAGGCUGAAAAACGGAGGAGGCAUCAAAAUAUACCCAGUGCUGUUCACACAAGCGCUGGAGAGUAUGGAAGGGUACUACUACAGAGACAACGUGUCAGUGGAGGAGUACCAGGCUCAAAUCAAUGCUGCUUCAUUGGAUAAGGUCAAACAAUACUACAAGAGACUGAGGGCGUUCUACCUCGAUCAGUCCAACAUGCCACCCAGCUCUGCACCCAAAGCUGCCCUCAUAGAUAAGCUCAUGCGGCCCCUUAAUGCUCUGGAUGAGCUCUACCGUCUGAUGGAGAGUUUUAUCAGUUGUCGCCGCACAGCUGCCUGUCAGUACACCGCCUGCAGGGCUUCAGGAGUGGGGCUGCUCACCGUGGCCUCUGAACUCUGCUCACGUUUGGGAGCCACACACAUUGUAAUGUGCAACAGCGGGGUUCACCGCUGCACCCUGAGUGUGACACUGGAGCAGGCCAUCCUGUUGGCCCGAAACCAUGGCCUGCCCCCUCGCUGCAUCAUGCAAGCCACUGAUGUCAUGAGAAAACAGGGAGCAAGAGUUCAGAAUUCUGCCAAGAAUCUAGGAAUAAGGGAUCGUACGCCAUCCUCUGUCCCAAGAUUGUACAAGCUGUGCCAGCCUCCACCCCCAGAUGGUGACCCAUGAUGCAUUGCAUUGAGAAAGGCUUGAAGAAACCUCUCUUCCCUCCACCUAUGAAGGAUCAGCAUCAUUACAAACAGUUAUUGGGUACAUUUUGUAUCAUCAGAGUAGCUGCAUACAGUGUAAAUAGAAUUUCAAAAGCCGUAAAUAGUAUUUUAAUACAUUAUAUUUUUCACCGUUGUACUUUAUACAUAUUUUAAUUUUUUAUUGUAUGAUGAUGCAUCUGAUGUUGCAUCAAAGUGAGAGAGCAAGGAUGUAUGCCCAGAGAGUGCAGUCGAAAGCUCAAUGAAACAGAAUGAAUCCCAUCAGUUCACUGUCUGUGUAUUAUGGGAUGAAAUUAUAUUUGUUUUCACAAAGGACAUUUGCAUUUCAUGUCAUUAGUUUAAUUUGCAUAUGAAAUAAACAAGAUAAUGUCAAUAAAAAGGAUACUGAACAAAAAUUGGCACUGUAUUUGUCUAAAUUAGCCAGCCAUUUGUCAGCUUGUGCUCAGCUCUGACUUCAGUGCUUUAUUGAUUCUCACAGUAUUGAUAACUAUAUGAAUGUUUUAUAACGUUCCUUGUUUUGUUGUUUAUUCACUUGUAAAUAUACUUAUAUAGCAAAAAAAUGUGCUGAAAGAGCAAUGCUCUGAUUUCCCUCUGUCUUUGUAUUUGUAAGACAGUAUAAGGGGAUGUUUUGUACCACGCAUGCAUAAGAAGAAGAUCUGUAAAGGUUUAUCAGUAUUAACAUGUCAUAGGUUUUUGGAAGUAGAGCUAUGAAGUAUGUUCUUUUAUAUUGACAGUACUCAGGAUGAAAGUGUUUCUCUGUGUUACUUAUCAAAUGUUCUCAUUGGGGAAUGGAUGGUUAGCUCACUGCUAUGCAAACAAACCAGUGAUAA